CACGUCGACACUCCGUCUCAUCCUCGCCGCUCUUUCUCUCUCUUAUUAUUUUACCUUCCUCGGCGGACCCUCUUUUGACAGCCGCCAUUCUCUCAACUCUAUACAUGCUCGUCCCCUCGCCGGUGCCCCGCGAGCUUGGCGAUCCGUUGUCUCACACAUGUUUUGACUGAUCGGACUUGAGCGGGAAGCCGCGACAAGUCAACACCUCUCGCUGUUUACGUGGAAUACUAUCCGCCGUCUCAUUCAUUAUGCCUGACUCACCGCCCCCGGCAUCCUAUGGGGCCAUGCUCAAUAUCAGCCCGGACGUCAGCCCUACUCAACCUUCGCAUCCGAGAAGGGCGCGGCCCCCUGAUCCGCAUGCCGACCUGGGAGAGGCCUUUAGAGUGCCUUUGCGGGCCGAGCUCGGAGACAAGACGCGCAGGAGGGAUUCGAGGUUGGGCCUAAGGAGCAUUUUCGGCCGGAAUAGAGGAGGGUCUGACGCGGAUCGUGGACCGGGUUCUCCGCGAGAUGUUUCUCAGAGGCCCGGAGGUCUACGAGCCUCGCUGGCAGAAAUCAACUGGCCGUAUGGCGUGCACCACACACAGGGGCAUCGAUCGGAAGUCUCUCUGCCGGCCUCCAAGCCGCCGCCGGCUGGCCAGAGCUUGAAACACAAGAAGUCGGAAAGCACCGUACGCCAACAGUUCCAUCCCGAUGGAAUCUCGGCUUGGAAUCCUCCUCCGCUGUUCCAAGCUUACCCGCAGGCAAUCAAACACGCCCAUCUCCCUGCAUGCACCGUCCCCGCAGAAGUCAUUCUCCGUCUGCACAAUCACAGGAGCAGCGGCUCCCUGGCGAACAUCCUCCGCCCUGGCACGCCUGAUUCGCCGGACGAGAGCACAGGCGAGAAGUCGAAGAGGAGGCAUCGCAGGAAUGUAUCUGGGUCUGCCUCAAAGUUUGAAUGGACCAGUAAAGUCUUCAUUCUUGUGACGUCGGGAUACCUGCUGCAGUAUGCAGGCGAAGGGACUUAUGACCGACUACCGGAGAGGGUUCUCCAACUCGGGAAGGAUUCGGCCGCCUUCGCAAGUGACGCUAUCCCGGGUCGCCACUGGGUGCUCCAGGUAUCGUCGGUCGCGGAUCCGGAUCGUGCCCCUAGUUCCCAUACUUCUCUCCGUGCGCGGCUUCCUUUCCGGGGCCAGGAGAGGCGGCAUGCUUCGACGUUUCUGAUGGUUUUCGAAAGCGCCGAACAGAUGGAGGGCUGGAUCGCCGUACUCCGACGAGAAAUUGAAACCCUGGGCGGCAGGAAGGUUCUAUCUGAAACGGGCAAGCCGAAGGCCAGCGACCAGGAUCCGCAACUGAAGGGCCAGACAAGCCAAAGGACGCUGGUUGUAAGGGAUCCCGAUCGGUUCUCGCGCGUUAUGACGCCCGAUGAGUCUUGGAACCCAUUCCCGCCCAUGUCAAGCCCGGAUAUCCAUCUCGACUCUGCACAAGAUUACUUCGAUGACAAUUCAACGGCAAGUUUCAUCUCCCAUGACGGAAGGCAGCUCGACGCCCUAAGGGACAGCACCAAUCGCUUUUCAUUCAAUUCAUGGGGCCAAAGGACGAUGAUCACAUCCGUCGGCUCGUCGCCCACAUGUUCCCCCAUCCGGGAUUCAUUUGGAGAGCUUGAUUCGCCGGAGCCGUCGGAAUUCGAGGAACAGCCGCAACCGAGACUGCGGCCGAACGCCAUGGCAAUCAUCGAUAGAAGACAGUCGCUGCAGACCAUCAAUCACGUCAUCGAGAUGGGCGUUGUUUCGGACCCAUCUCUCCGUCGUCUGUCAACAAACUCAAGUGCUGGGCAAGACGAUGCCCCCAUCCCACCUACUCCUGCAUCACAACCUAUGCAAAGCUCUAGUGCCAUUCACAACACGGCCAAGCAGUAUUCCGCUGCGAGAGCCCAUGCCGGAAAGCCGCCGCAAGUAAUGACUUCGUCUCCGUUAGGACGCACCACAAGCUCUCGGAGACCGCCCCCCUCGGCCUUGUCCAUCAAUCCACGCCCCUUGUCUCUGGUGGAGGAUCAGCCAUCGCCCGCCUUGUCAUCUGUCAGUCGAGGUGGCACAGGAACCGAACGUACGGGGAGCCCUUUGUCAGCCAUUCCUUCCCCUGGGUCCGUCCCGCCAGCUACGGGCCGUCGCUUUGAGAGUGGGAUAACGAAGCGAGAGGUCCAGGACAACCCAACCGGCAAUAAUGGUGCACCGGCGCAAGAGAACGCGUCGAGGAUGGCUCUGUACACGGAUCGGAGAUCCUCGAUCCAGUCACCGGACAAGGGCUGGGAAAGACACCAUGGCGUUUCCCCGUCCAAAGUUCUACCGGCCGAUACCUAUGACAUGCCUCGGUCUACGUCGGCGUUAGGCACGUACGGGGGUGAUCGGCUGGGGAUGAAAGCAACAGUAAAGCCAGGGACACGGCUCCGACGCAUGAGCUUUGCUUCAGCCCAGCAAGACGAGGGUCCCGUUACAUCGCUUGCCCCACCACCUUUCAUCCGACCCGACCUUGGCCAGCGACCUCGUACACCAUCUCUUCGACCAGUGCCGAGGUCUUCACAGCAUCUUAGGGCCGAUUCACAGUCUCAGUCGCUUCUACAGCGACGGAGCAUGUCGCAACUUGCCGACGGUCCUCCGCCUGCUCCACCGCCGAAUAGGGCCCUUCCUCCUAUUCCGCAGAAAGCGAAAAUGAAUGCCGUCCCACCGCCGGGUUUCAUCUGAUGGGCCGGAGCCCGGCGUUGUCAAGGGUAUGCUGCGGGAAUCAAAUCAUAAUGCCCCAACAAGCCCUUGGAAAUGGGCACCGGCUUGGAAUAUUCAGGCCGUGGUCCAAUAUAUCACCCUUGUAACGAGCGACGUCCUUAUGAAAUUGUGAGGGACGCCGCUCAGUCCAAAUGGGUAUUCCUUUGCCGUCUCCUCACGGGCAGGGGGUGUCAACGAGAACAAAGUGUUAGUGUUAGUGGUGUAAUCUGGUGUUGGAAGAGGUAAUGGGAUGAGGAAAGCUAUACCCGGUGGAUG